AAGUGGAGACAAUUGGCUGAAACACGGAUUCGGUAGUAAGAAAAACGUCUGUGUAGUACUGAAGGAUACAGUCGAAACGUUUCACAUGGGGAGCUAAAGAACAAAAUGACGUGUAUGCGUUACACUAUGUUACUGUUCUCAGUUUUGGAGUUAUUGUUGUUUGGAUACACAGCUGGUUUGUUGAGCGAUGAGAACGCGUCGCCAGGCGCGAGACUCCCGCGUGCUGUGUUGGAUGAGACGUUGGAGGCGACCACCAUCCCAAACCACUUACAGGAGGACGACAGGAACUCCAGGUUUUCACCUUUCACCCCCACACUGACCAUCACAUCCAGGGACUACAGGACCACUGGUAAAACUAACCAACUACAGCCCAUCUGGUUGACCACCACGGCUGCGCUUCUGACCAAAACAAUGGACGCUACCUCCAAACGCAGUAAAGUCAAAGAAAACUCCACAUUUACCACAACACUAAACAUUACAGUAAAACCUACUUCUUCCUCUCCAUUAAGUGGCACAAAACCCCCAACACCACCUGCUCUGGAUACUGCAAACAGUUCAUGGACAGUGAAAAGCACCUCAAAGCCUCCUGUCGUGACCACUGAGAGAGGACAUCAGUGCAACUGUAGUGCUGAGGGUUCGGAGGACCAAGAUACCUGCGACUCUGUCACAGGUCAGUGUUUAUGUCUAACUGGAUACACGGGGCAGCGUUGUGAUGAAUGUGCCGAUGCGUAUUUCACCAACGGAACCGGCGGCUGUCAGGCCUGUUACUGUGACUCCUAUGGAGCUGUGAGUCAACUCUGCAAUAGUUCAGGCAUGUGCAUCUGCAAGAGUGGAGUGCAUGGGGACAAGUGUGAUGACUGCCGCCCAGGCUUCUUGCACUUCAGCAGCACGGGGUGCCAACCAUGCCAAUGCAAUAAUCAUAGCAGCUACUGCCACCCACAGUCAGGCAUCUGCGUGAACUGCCAAGGCAACACCGAAGGACCCAGCUGUGAAAAGUGCAGGUAUAAUUUCUACCGAAGGCCUGGUUCUCUUGUGACAGAGCCCUGCAUCCCCUGCCCCUGCUCCAGCGUCACCUCCACAGGCAGCUGUAAGCUCGACUCAAGUGGCCAGCCUUUCUGUGUCCAGUGCAAGCCAGAGUACCAGGGUCCCAACUGUGAGCAGUGUAGUGAUGGCUUCUACAACGCCGACAGCAUCUGCCUUCCCUGUAACUGCAGCGGGAACGGAGACCCCCGCAUAUCCCCUCGGAUCUGUCACCCGGACACGGGCCACUGCCUGAGCUGCAUCAACAACACUACGGGGCCGCACUGCGAACGCUGCGCAGAAGGCUUCACAGGGGACGCGCUCGCCAGGAACUGCACUCCUACAGUCGUCCACACUACUCCUUCAACCACUACCCACUGGUUUCACUACACCACCAUGAGCUCCAGUAGUCUUUGGUCGUUAGUUUGA